UCUUAAAUCAAUCUGCACAGUGACAAUGCUAGCGGGUACUUCACAAGGAAGUAGUGGAAGUUGAAGUGGGAAGAUGUUUAAUUAACAGCCUUUACAGUUUGUUUCUAAGUCUGUAUAUUUAAUGUAACAGUUAAUCAAAGGUCAUGUGGAAAGAAUAGCUAGGAAUUUUCCCAAUAUCUUUAAUCCAACUGUCUUUUCUCUCGCCGUAAACGCUGUUCUGUUAUCGCGAGCGAUUAGAGGUUUCAUUGUGCGCUCGUGAUAGUGGUGCAUGUGCGUUUAUUCGCGUUCAGUGAAUGCUGCUUCUGGGGCGGAUAACGUAGGUGUCCUUACUUAUAGCGGUUCGGUUCUUUCACUCUCUUUAAGGAGCAUUGGAUUUCUAGUGCGCAAGAUCAUGAAUUCCAGCCAGACAGUGAAGUGCAUGAGUGAUGGAGCUGGUAGUGUAGGCAGAUGCGUCGAGGAUGACGCAGAUUCAGACAGACCUGCUGGCGGAGACUCGCUGAUGGCGGCCGAGGAGAGACAAACGAGAUCUGCCAGUCCCCGCGUCGUGAACGGAGAUGAUGAUUCUGAAGCGGAGUCCCAUCAGGACGGCCGUAGCGUGGAUGUGGACCCGGAGACUAGGAGGAGGGCGUUCAGCUGGUGCAGAGACUUUCUGUCCGGAUCAUGGAAGGCUAUAUCGGAGCAUGACUUUCAGAUCAAAAUAGUCAGUGGAGGACUUAGUAACCUGCUGUAUAUGUGCAGUUUACCCAACGAUGUUCAGCCCACCGGGGUCGAACCUCGAAGAGUUCUGCUCCGGAUCUACGGGGCCAUUCUACAGGGAGUGGAUUCUCUUGUUUUGGAAAGUGUGAUGUUUGCCAUUUUAGCAGAGAGAGAGUUGGGCCCACAUCUCUAUGGCAUUUUCCCAGAAGGUCGUCUAGAGCAGUACUUGCCUAGUAAUCGCUUGCUUACGGAGCAGUUGGGGUUCCCAAAGAUCUCAGCUGAAAUAGCCAGUAAAAUGGCACGAUUCCAUGGGAUGGAGAUGCCAUUCAACAAGGAACCCAAAUGGCUGUUUGGAACCAUUGACCGGUAUAUGGAACAAGUUAAAACAAUAAAAUUUGUGCGUGAAGCUCACAUCAAGAAAUUUACCAAGCUAAUGAAGUAUGAUCUUCCUGCAGAACUGGAGAAUCUGAGGUCACUGCUGGCAGCUACUCCCUCUCCAGUUGUGUUUUGCCAUAAUGAUGUACAAGAAGGUAAGAGAUCUCACAUUAACAAUGACGUACAAGAAGGCAAUAUCCUCAUGUUAGAUGGCCGAGAGAAUUCAUCUGACAAACUAAUGCUUAUUGAUUUUGAAUACAGCAGCUAUAACUACAGAGGCUUUGAUUUUGGGAAUCAUUUCUGUGAAUGGAUAUAUGACUACACGUAUGACCAGUGGCCCUUUUACAAGGCAAAGGUGGAGAAUUAUCCCAACAGACAACAGCAGUUACAUUUUAUCAGACACUAUUUGUCAGAAAAGGGGGGCAUUGCACCUGCUGACCAAGCCAGGGUAGAAGAGGACAUGAUCAUCGAGGCAAACCGGUUUGCCCUUGCGUCUCAUUUCCUCUGGGGUUUGUGGUCCAUUAUUCAAGCCAAGCUCUCCAAAAUCGAGUUUGGAUAUAUGGACUAUGCACAGCACAGGUUUGACACAUACUUCAAACAGAAGAAGCGGCUUUCCUAGAUUGUGACAUGCAGCAUAUGCUUCAGGAUAUCAUUUUGCAUCACCUAAUUGUUUAGGUUUGAUUGAUUUAAAAAAAAAAACACACACACAUUCAAGAAAGGGCACAGACUCCUAAAGAACGGUUCAUCCUGGGGAACAUCAAUUUUUAAAUAAUAAAGUCCAAAGAUAGCCUGCCUUAAAGUCAUUUUGUAGGGCUUUAUAGUUGUUCUUGUCCCUUCCAAAAAAUUAGAAAGUAAACGGGUACAAAUUAUCUGCAACUGGAGGGGGGCAUAGAAUUUUGUGACUGAAAACUAGAAACAAUUCACGUACUGUUCGUACCUCUUCAUUGUACAAGGCAAACUGUAAAAUUCAUUUUGUCAGUUUAUUUAUAAUAAUGUAACUAUUUUUUGAAUAUUUAAUGCGUUUACAUUUUAUCUAACUUGCCUGUAGUCAACAUUAUCUAUUAAUUCUAUCAAGAAUCAAUCCGUCCAUCAUAAUUACUGUGUAAACCACAGGGUCCAUUGAUGCCUCUUCAUUUUGUGUCCUAGUUUCAAAUAUUACAUUUGUUUGUACUUUCAUCUGAAAACAAAAACAGCAUAGUAGCUAGUUUAAUUUUCCUCCCCCACAGUUUUAAAACAUUGCGAUAUUUACAUACAGUGAAAUACAAUGCACGUCUUUUUUAAACUCAGGAGUCCAUGUAAAUUAGUUUCAGAAUGGCACAUAAACUACUUUCUUUAUGAUUCUGAUGGUAUUUAACUUUCAGUUGGAAAAAGUAUUAAUAAUUGGAAAUAAUCUUAAGUCUUGAGCUAUGCUUUUCUGUGUUUUACUGUGAAUUUGGCCAGUCUUUGCUCUACCAUAUUGAUAUGUAGCAAUAACUAUUGUCUACAGCCAUCUUGUAUACACUUGUAUAUAGGUUUAAAUAUAGUCUGAACUGCAGAAAGGAAAUGCCACCUCAAGAACAGAAGUUUAAUUACUAAACUGACAAAUGCCUUUGUCCCAUUUCUAAACACAAAGUUCUUUUAUGUAACUGCUGAUGUGAGUUUCUGUUUUAAUUGUUUUAUGGUAAUUUAUAUUUUUUUACUUGUCCAAAGCAAGUAUACUGUGUUUUGUUCAACCAAAUGGUAAAAUCAUCUCUGAAUGAUUCUUCAGUUGAAAAGAAGCAUAAGAAGAACAAUAUAAAUGAAGGAUCUAUUAUACAGUGAAUUAGUGGGAUCAUCAUCUUAAGAAUCAUGGUGCAUUGUUGGAAUCAUAUUGGGAGAAUUUGAAUGGUCAAAUUGAUGCUUUUGUAUUUGUCCCUGUCUAGAAACAAAUGUAUCUGUAUCAUUUUUACAAUGCUUUCUUUCCUGCAUGUUGUAGCAAGUUCAAGGACAAAAGAAACAUUGAGGGACCAUGAACAUUUUAUGCUAGGCCACUUUAACAUGCUCCCAAUAUCAUUGUUGAUAUUGAAUCUGUGAUUCUUAAAUAUUAAGUUGAGAAACAAUGGCACUGUUAGAACCAAUGUUAACUUCUAUAAUUGCUUUGGCUAAUUCAACUUAUACUGUAGACUUGUCUUUGGUAUGUUUGCUUUUGUUCAUUUGCUGUGCAGGUAUCCAUUAAUUUUACUCAUUAAAAAAAAAAUCAUGCUGACA